UGAAAAGGCACACAAUUGCGCCUCUCUCUCUCUCUGACGGUGUAAAGUGGCGAAAGGUAAUUCUUCAUUCCUCAAUCUAUUCAUUUUCAGUUUAACCCUAAUUUAUCAUCUUCCCUAAAUAGUUGUUCCCCAUUGUAGAAUCUGAAUCAAAUACAACAAUGAAGAAACAAAGAAUGGAAAAAGAUAGACUUAGUGAGUUACCCGAUCAUCUUAUCCUUCAAAUUCUCUCCUUUUUGUUUGCCAAACAAGCCGUUCAAACUUGCAUUCUCUCCAAAAGAUUCGACAAUCUCUGGAAGCGUCUUCCCACCCUUAGGUUAACUUCUUCAAGCUUUAAGCAUCUCAAAGAUUUCACCAAAUUUGUUUCCAAGAUUUUGUCUCUUCGCGAUCACUCUACCUCACUCCACUCUCUCACUUUUCACCGUCAUAGUUUAGUAGAGCCUCACCUGCUUAAAAGGGUUCUAAAAUACGCUGUUUCACACAAUGUUGAACAAAUAUAUGUCCGUGUUAAAUGUGAUAUUCAACACUUUCCGCCUACCUUAUUUUCAUCUCACACUUUAACAUCACUCAAACUUGCUCUUGUUCACCCUAAAAUUUAUGCUAAGAGAGCAUUAUUUCCAACAAAUUCUAUCAAUUUGCCAUCAUUAACCACAUUGUGUCUACAUUUAUUCGCCUUUAGUGUCAACAAUGAUGGCUGCGCUGAGCCUUUUUCAAUAUUCAACAAGUUGAACACUUUGGUCAUUGAUAAAUGUGAAGUUGAGGAUUCACAAAACCUCUGGAUAUCAAGCGCCACCCUUGUCAAGUUAACAAUAGUCACCCGUGAUUAUCCUCCUGAUGACUGUAUUGAAAUCGAGUUAUCUACUCCAAAUCUUUGUACCUUUACUUUUAUUGGUUCUCCUUUUCACAAACUCUAUGGGAGCAAGACCAAUCUCGCUUCUAUCAAACAUGUAGACAUUGAUGUAAAUUUGAUGGCAUCUUCUGCCGAGUAUUCAUCCUUUCUACUCAACUGGCUGAUUCAACUUACUAAUAUCAAGUCAUUGACACUCUCUUCACCUACUCUUCAGGUUCUUUUCUUAGUUUCUGAUUUACUGAAGGUUGAGCUCUCUUCUUUGAGUAACCUGAAGUCACUGAAAGUAAUGAGGAAAAAACCUUCAUCCAUACCUGAUGGAAUAGUGGACUUUUUGAUUCAAAACUCACCCUCGGCAAAGGUUGACAUUAUAGAGGUUGACAUUGAAGAUUGAUUAAGGUUGUAGGACAAAGCAGAAGAACAAAGGAUAAAAUGACGAAAACAUAUGGAUGGAGUGAACGAUGGUGUUGGUGACAACAUGAAUGCAACUAACUUUUCUUGACGUUUCUUAUUCUGAGAUGUGUUUGUCUGUGGGAUGCAUCUUUUUAUCUAUUUCAUGUAAAAUGAACUCUUUAAUACAAACAUAGUUGAACAAUUUCAAGUUUAUGUUGCUUAGUCAUCAAUCAAAGGUCCUACAAAAAACAAUGUAUGAGGUACUAAUGACAGUUUUUUACUCUUAUGGUUUGGGAGCUCUAAGUUGAUGUUGCAUAGUGACAAAUGUUUUCAUGUAUUGGUUUCGGCAUCGUUUAUUAAUCGAUGAUAUUAACUUU